AUGCUGAGGAUGCGGACCGCGGGGUGGGCGCGCGGCUGGUGCCUGGGUUGCUGUCUCCUCUUGCCGCUCUCGCUCAGCCUGGCGGCCGCCAAGCAACUCCUCCGAUAUCGACUGGCUGAGGAGGGCCCAGCGGACGUCCGCAUCGGCAACGUCGCCUCGGACUUGGGCAUCGUGACGGGUUCGGGUGAGGUGACUUUCAGCCUCGAGUCGGGCUCGGAGUACCUAAAGAUCGACAACCUCACCGGCGAGCUGAGCACGAGUGAGCGGCGCAUCGACCGCGAGAAGCUGCCCCAGUGUCAGAUGAUCUUCGACGAGAACGAGUGCUUUCUGGACUUCGAAGUGUCGGUGAUCGGGCCCUCGCAGAGCUGGGUGGACCUGUUCGAGGGUCGGGUCAUCGUACUCGAUAUCAACGACAACACGCCCACCUUCCCGUCACCCGUGCUCACGCUCACGGUGGAGGAGAACCGACCGGUGGGCACUCUCUACCUGCUACCCACCGCCACGGACCGUGACUUCGGCCGCAACGGCAUCGAACGCUACGAGCUGCUCCAGGAGCCCGGGGGCGGUGGCGGCGGCGGCGGCGGCGGCGGCGGCGAGGGCCGGCGCGCAGGGCCUGCCGACAGCGCCCCCUACCCCGGGGGCGGCGGGAACGGCGCGAGCAGCGGCGGCCCGGGCGGCUCCAAGAGGCGGCCGGACGCACCAGAGGGCGGCGGCGGGAUCAACCCCGGUGGCCGCAGCAGCGUGUUCGAACUGCAGGUGGCCGACACCCCGGAUGGCGAGAAGCAGCCACAGCUGAUUGUGAAGGGGGCGCUGGACCGGGAACAACGCGAUUCCUACGAGCUGACCCUGCGGGUGCGCGACGGUGGCGACCCGCCUCGCUCCUCUCAGGCCAUCCUAAGGGUGCUCAUCACCGACGUGAACGACAACAGUCCCCGCUUCGAGAAGAGCGUGUAUGAAGCUGACCUAGCCGAGAAUAGCGCCCCAGGGACUCCCAUCCUGCAGCUUCGUGCCGCGGACCUGGACGUGGGGGUCAACGGACAGAUCGAGUAUGUGUUCGGAGCGGCUACCGAAUCCGUGCGGCGGCUGCUGCGACUCGACGAGACGUCCGGCUGGCUCAGUGUCCUGCACCGCAUCGACCGCGAGGAGGUGAACCAGCUGCGCUUCACGGUCAUGGCCCGCGACCGCGGGCAGCCCCCCAAGACCGACAAGGCCACGGUGGUCCUUAACAUCAAGGACGAGAACGACAAUGUGCCGUCCAUUGAAAUCCGCAAGAUCGGGCGUAUCCCACUCAAGGACGGGGUGGCCAACGUGGCCGAGGAUGUUCUGGUCGACACCCCCAUUGCUCUGGUACAGGUGUCCGACCGAGACCAAGGCGAGAACGGGGUAGUCACCUGCACCGUGGUGGGUGAUGUGCCCUUCCAGCUCAAGCCGGCCAGCGACACAGAGGGCGACCAGAACAAGAAAAAGUACUUUCUGCACACCUCGGCGCCUUUGGACUAUGAGACCACCCGGGAAUUCAACGUGGUCAUAGUGGCGGUGGACUCGGGCAGCCCCAGCCUCUCCAGCAACAACUCCCUGGUUGUCAAGGUAGGAGACACCAAUGACAACCCGCCCGUCUUUGGCCAGUCAGUGGUGGAGGUGUACUUUCCCGAGAAUAACAUCCCUGGAGAGAGGGUGGCCACGGUGCUGGCGACAGACGCUGACAGUGGGAAAAAUGCAGAGAUUGCCUACUCUCUGGAUUCUUCCAUUAUGGGGAUCUUUGCCAUCGAUCCUGAUUCUGGGGACAUCCUUGUCAAUACAGUGCUGGACCGAGAGCAGACAGACAGGUAUGAGUUUAAAGUUAACGCCAAAGACAAAGGCAUCCCGGUGCUGCAGGGCAGCACCACGGUGAUUGUGCAGGUGGCUGACAAGAAUGACAAUGACCCUAAGUUUAUGCAGGACGUCUUUACCUUUUAUGUGAAAGAAAACUUGCAGCCCAACAGCCCUGUGGGGAUGGUCACGGUGAUGGAUGCUGACAAGGGGCGCAAUGCGGAGAUGAGCCUCUACAUCGAAGAAAACAGUAACAUUUUUUCCAUUGAGAAUGACACGGGGACCAUUUACUCCACAAUGUCUUUUGACCGGGAACAUCAGACCACGUACACAUUCAGAGUCAAGGCUGUGGAUGGGGGAGAUCCUCCUAGAUCCGCCACAGCCACAGUCUCUCUCUUUGUGAUGGAUGAGAAUGACAAUGCUCCCACAGUUACCCUUCCCAGAAACAUUUCCUACACUUUACUGCCACCUUCGAGUAAUGUCAGGACAGUAGUAGCUACAGUGUUGGCAACAGACAGUGACGACGGCAUCAAUGCAGACCUUAACUACAGCAUUGUGGGAGGGAAUCCCUUCAAGCUGUUUGAGAUUGAUUCCACCAGUGGUGUGGUUUCCUUAGUGGGAAAACUCACCCAAAAGCAUUAUGGCUUGCACAGGUUGGUUGUGCAAGUGAAUGAUAGUGGGCAGCCUUCCCAGUCCACCACGACUCUGGUGCAUGUGUUUGUCAAUGAAAGUGUUUCUAAUGCAACUGUGAUUGACUCCCAGAUAGCCAGAAGUUUGCACACCCCACUCACCCAGGAUAUAGCUGGUGACCCAAGUUAUGAAAUUAGCAAGCAGAGACUCAGUAUUGUCAUUGGGGUGGUUGCUGGAAUUAUGACAGUGAUUCUAAUCAUCUUAAUUGUAGUGAUGGCAAGGUACUGCCGGUCCAAAAAUAAAAAUGGCUAUGAAGCUGGCAAAAAGGAUCACGAAGACUUUUUUACACCCCAGCAGCACGACAAAUCUAAAAAGCCUAAAAAGGACAAGAAAAACAAAAAAUCUAAGCAGCCUCUCUAUAGCAGCAUUGUCACUGUAGAAGCUUCUAAACCAAAUGGACAGAGGUAUGAUAGUGUCAAUGAGAAGCUGUCAGAUAGCCCAAGCAUGGGGCGAUACCGAUCUGUUAAUGGGGGGCCUGGCAGUCCUGACCUGGCCAGGCAUUACAAAUCUAGCUCUCCAUUGCCUACUGUCCAGCUUCACCCCCAGUCACCAACUGCAGGAAAAAAACACCAGGCCGUACAAGAUCUGCCACCAGCCAACACCUUUGUGGGAGCAGGAGACAACAUUUCAAUUGGAUCAGAUCACUGCUCUGAAUACAGCUGUCAAACCAAUAACAAGUACAGCAAACAGCCAUUUCGUAGAGUGACGUUUUCUGUUGUGAGUCAGCCUCAGGACCCACAUCAGGGGUCACUGCAGAGUUGCUAUGACAGCGGGCUGGAGGAGUCAGAGACACCAAGCAGUAAGAGUUCAUCAGGGCCAAGGCUGGGUGCCCUUCCACUCCCAGAGGACAACUAUGAAAGGACCACGCCGGAUGGCAGUGUUGGUGAGGCAGAGCAUAUGGAAAAUGAUUCAAGACCUCUUCCAGAUGUAGCCCUGACUGGGAAGUGCACUCGUGAGUGUGAUGAAUAUGGCCACUCAGACUCCUGCUGGAUGCCAGUCCGCACUUCUCCAGAGAGGAAGAAGAGCCAGCCCAAACUCUCCACUUUCAUGCCUGUUGAUGAACGAGGAAGCCAGGAAAAGCUGGCCAAUGGCGAGGCCGCCAUCAUGGGUGACCGCAACAGAAACCUUCUGAACAAAAAGUUGACCUCGUCCUAUGAGACCUUCAGUGCAGCUAGUUUCAGCAAAAAUGAGGAAGCCAACCCUGAGGAUAUUCCCCUUACAAAAACAGGGGAAUACAAGCCAUCUCCUGUCAAUACUCUCACUAGAAGAGAAGUUUACCUGUAGGUUAUGAAGAAGAACAGUAAAGUUCUUUUCAUGUAUGAGAAGGAGAAUAAGGGGCAAAAAUCCUUACAAAGAAAAACCAUUUAAUCACAAAGAGGGGGCUACCAAAGAGACAAAGCUUUGCCUGCCACUUCUGCCUCCAGAUCAGGCCUUUAGUGAUACUGUUAGCCUGAUUGUAAUGUACAAUGUAGAAAUCAUCCUUGUUACUUGCAUGUCUAAUCCCCUCACUGAUUAUUCCCAACACCUGCUAUCCCUCUUCCCCAUCCCCCUCCAAGGAGGAAAAAAAAAAAAAAAGAUGGUUGCAAGUUUCUUUCAUGGUAACAAGCCUGAUUAGCAGAACACAACACACUCUCAUUAUCCUUAAGCUGAAGCAUGAUUUAGUCACUUUGAUUUAUUUCGAAUGCCAUCCAGCUGGUCAAAAAACAAACAAACAAAAAACAAAUCAGGUAAAUGUAUUUUAGACAUACCAUGAGAAUAUAAUUAAUCACCAGAAGGCAAUUCCCCCAAAAUAAUAAAGUCCCUGUAAAGGUACAGUUCUUAUUAAGGGGGACUCUACAAGAAGAAUAUUGAGAAUCUCACAGCUUUAAAAUUCUAACAAAGACUGACAGCUAGACAAUACCCAGUUGGAGAUUAUAGUACCAAAUUGACAUACGUUGUUCUUUUCAAGUCAGGGGUAUCCACUUCAAUCCCAUACAUUCAUCGAAUAUUCUUAGUAUACACACAAUCUUGACCACAUGUAUCAAUUACACUAAUUAUAACUUGUAAAAAUUAUAUAUAUAUUUUUCAGAACAGCACCGCUGUUAUCAACUAACUGGAACAAUGUGUCAUUAAAAGGCCAAAGAUCACACGGCAGAUCAGGGAAAUCAUGAAGCAGAUUUGGUCUUGACUGGAAAUCCAUUAAGCAACGAAAGCAACUGAACCCAUGCACAUACAUAAAUACUCAAACACUAGCUUAUUUUACAUUGUCUCUAUACCUGAGAACAUGCAUUCUCUUUUAAAAUGGGUUUUCUUUGAAAGCUCAGAAAAUGAAAAACUAAAGUGAUGUAUUUUUGGUAUAAUAGUAGACAAUUAGUUAAGUUUCAAGUUUAGCUUCAAAACCUAUUAUCAGGGAAGUUUCACUUGUAAAAAUCAUUUUUGUGGGUAGGUAGGGAAAGAAGGAUAUGUUGGUAUAAAGUCUUUUAAGUUAAAAUCACUAUUAUCAUUUUGGAAUCCAGGUAAUGUGUGCUGGUCUUACUAUUUACGUUUCAAAUUAGCAAUUGUAUUUUUUGUGUGUUUAAGGCACUCUUUCAUAUAACACAAGUGCAUUAAUUUUGAUCCUGUGCAAUAUAGCACUAUUUCAAGUCUCACAACAUUGAAACAAGGUGACACCCUAAUUGAUUUGUCACUAAUGUGAUUUUGAACAUGAUACAAUAUGUCUUAAAAAGAAUCUAGACGGAACAUGAAAGAAAUGAGUUCUGGGCAGUGAUAUGUCUCCUUGUAUGUACAUCUCUCGAAGUGGAAAAUAUGCAAUUUUUUCAGUGUGAAAAAAAAACACAAUAUGCAGAUUUUGGGUCAUUUGUUCUAUAGAGGAUGAUUUAACAUAAUUGGAGAUUGAGCUGGGACAUUCAGACAGAAGUGACAAUCCAGGGACAGAAUAGGGGAUAACAGGUGAAAAGAGCAAAUGUUCCCAACACUGAAUGUUUGCAACCUGGUUAAGACAUAGCCUGAUGGCUCUCUAGCAAACUGUAGAAAUAAUGUAGCUUUGGAUAGUUUUAUUCUUUACAGAAUUUCUUAGACUAUAAGGUGAAACAGCCUGGACCAGAGGUUGUGAACUCACUAUAGUUCAUCAAAAUGUUUAUCUUUGAAAACGACUUCUCUAUUUGGUGGGCUACUCUUUUGGGGUCAUUUCCUUCUGCUCUUUCUUAAAUGGAGUUUUCAAUGAUGUUAGUUUAUGUAUAAUAGUUAGGAUGAAAGAAGAUAUGUAAUUGAAACAAAAAUAUUGGACUAAAAUAUCAAUAAUUGAACAUGUUUAUGUUUAAUUAUUAUUGACAUGAUGGAAAGAUGCAAUUCUAGUACUCUGUUAGGAAACUGCAUUAAAGCAGUUCUGCCUUGUAUAAUCUGUAAGUACCUAUUAAGACAAAAUACUUCUAAAGAUACUUAUAAAAUGUAUACAUAUUUUUUCUUGCACGUUACAAAGCAAAUACUCAAUUGCAUAACACAGGUGUUCAACAAACUUUUUUUAAUGCAUUUAUUUUCUUUCUUUCAUGAGACACUUGAAGCCAUUAGAUAGCUCAUUUCAUUCUAUCUUAAAACCCUUCCAUUGUCUAUAAAGCUAAUACGGGUCAUACUGGACCUUUGGAUUAAUUGGAUCUACAUUCCCCAAUGAUGUUUGCACCACAUUCAAGACAGCCAUGUCAUUGUCAUUUAACUCGUGAGCCUCUCUUUAGAACUAAAAUGGGUGUGAAAGAAUAAAAUUCAGUGUACUGUAAGUAUUCUCAGUAAUUCUAGUAGAAUUAGCUCUCAUAACAUGUUUAUUAUAUAAUGAGCUGGCAUGACACAGAAAUAUAUUUUGUGUUUGUAUGACUUUUAUUUUGAAUAGGCUAAAUCUGGUGCCACUCCAUAUAUAGAGUGCUUUUGAAAAAAAUCAAUAAAAAGAAACAAAAAAAAUAAAUGAGUGAAUGCAAAACAAGCAACUGUGCCUUUUAUACCUGUUGUUAUGGUAAAAAAACGGUUGUUGGGUUUGGACAAUGAGGGAAAAUGGGCUAUUCCCAACUUUUUUGAUCCUGUAUAUUUAUCCAUGUUUAUUUUCUGAAAAUAAUAAAUAAUAUAUUAAAAAUUUGCCUUCUGACAAACUCAGAUAAUGGACCAGUCUUAAAUAUCGUUCAUUCAUAAAACAAAACUAAGGCAUUAACAUGGACUGCUUAAUUCUGACUAGAAGGCUCAAGCGUUUAUUAUAAUAGUAACACAGAGAGAGAAUAUCAGGGGUGAAAUCAGUCCAUUUUGCAAGGUCAAAUAUUGAUUUCGAAUUUCUAUUCUUUAUUUUUUCGUUUUGUUGUUAAUUUUUCUUUUAGCUGCUGUUUCAUUUUGGUUGUAUAGUAUAUAAACCAUACUUGUUUUCUGUACACAAGAUUCUCAAGUGGACUUUGCAUGCAUUAUACAUUAGGACACAUUUAUAAAUUAAUGAGUAACUAUAUAAAUUUAUGUGUAUUAAAAUUUAUGUGUAUGUCUGUAGCUUCAGUCUAAAAUCUAAUGCUCAUUCUGACCCUCCAGAUAUCAUUUCUGUAUGGUUUCUGACUGGCCUGCUGCCUGAGUUUCAGAAAAUAAGAGAGGCAUUAUUUUUAUGGGAAGAGAAACUAAGAUGGUACUGAAGAUGUCAGGCUGAAAGGCUACCCUAGGAAGCUCUCUUAGAGGAAAAUAAUAUAACACAAAGACCCGAAGAAACCUCCAAGAAUCAAGCCAUCCCAAAUUCAGGCCUGAGAAAUCUGAAGACCGAAGUAGUUUUAGGGAUAUUGUAUCUGCGAUAAAUAUACAAUGUGUCCUUAGGUGGGGAUAAAACAAAAACAGUGAAUAUGAUCAAGAAUAUUCUAGAGCUGGUCAGUUGUGACCCAGGCAGAGGUAGAUCCGACAUCUGGAGGAAGACCUCAUACCUUCAGCUCCCUAGGGUUUACUUUCAGACAACUUUUCCUACAUUUUAAAGCACUUGCAUUCAGUGUGGUACGAUCUGUUUGUAAUGUUAAUCAUUGACUAUUGUUCUGCUACUUGGAUGUUGAUAGUGAAGCAGAAAACAAUUUAUCAUCGUUUAUUAUGAGUCACUAUGCACGCAACUAUGCUAAACAUGGCGAAAUGUAUGAAACACUCGUCCAACUAUUUAUGAAAUACUUUACAUAAUUUAAUUUGCUUUUGUACAGUUUUAUGUAAAUAAAUUGCUUGUCAUUUUUGUCUCUGCAAAUUAAAAUAUAACAUGGUCAAAUGGUU